AUGGAUAUGGAAGAAGUACAACUCGAUGGAAGCAACAACAACAACAACAACAAUAAUAAUAAUAACAGCGGCGGUGGAAACAGUGGAAAUAUAAAUACGUCAAUGAAUACCACUCCGGUUUUGAGUAGCAGUAAUGUCAACGAGCAAUUCAUUGGUCAGAUGGAACAGGUGUUCAAAGCCAUCGAUAAAGGAUCGACAGGUGUCAUCUCGCUCAGUCAGUUGCGCUCAGAGAUCGAGGAGCUCGGUGCCGAUAUCGAUGACAAUCCUCUAAUUGGACAACUCAUCCAAUAUCUCAGACAUGUACACGCUGCCGCUGCUACAGAUGCCGACGAUGGCAAUGAGUUGUCGUCGUCCACCAACGAAGAGGACAUUCUCAUUGAUUUCGAAUCGUUUGUCAGCUCGAUGACUCACUUUGUCGAAGGUGUAGACCCGAAGGAAUCGAGACGUCUGCGCGAGGAACGCUUGAAACUGCCACGCUUCAAAGUGCCGGUUGAGUUGCUCAAGAAAUAUAAUGUUCAGUGCUCAGAAGCCGGUGAUUCCGUUCGACCAAUUCCAAACGCUGUUCACCAAGUUGAACUACGGCAAAGAGAUACCAAAGAACAAGCUGCUGAUGAAACCAAGUUUAUCGAUGGCAUGAGAGACACCAACAAAGAGCUCGUCGUUCAAAACACCACUCUCAAGACACAGAUAACAAAGAUGAACUCCAACGACGCAGCACUCAGAGACAACAUUGAAAAUGAAAAAGAAAGAGUCAGAAACAUGGAGGAACAAAUGAUUCUCAAGGAUUUGGAAAUCAAGAAAUUGAAUCAUCAAAUUAAAACCCAACAAAAUAUUAAUUCAAAACUAUCGAUGAUGGUAUCGUUUGUAAAUGAACCGGAGAAAGAAAAAGAUACAAAAACUGAUAGUAGUAGUGGCUCCAAGUUUAACAAGUCAAAGACAUUGAAGAUUACUAAUAGGGAGAAGGGUAAGCCAGCUUUGACCAAACAGAAAUCAGACUUUUUCGAUGCACCAGUCAAUAGAAUAUCUUCACCAACACUAGAGUCUCAUCAAAGUCACAAUAUUUCAGUAGAGAGUUUGCGUGCAAGUCUUCAAGCAGAUUCACUUCAAAAGGAGUUUGAAUUGUUAAAGCAAGAUCAAUCAUUCUCAGAGUUGGACCAAUUGAAACUACAAGUACAGUCGUUUGGUGAAGAACUCUCAUUGAGUUCAUUCCAACCAGAGCCAGAACCAAUCGCCGAUGUCAUUAACGAACAAACAACAACAACAACAGCACCAACACCAACAAUUACACCAAGUCUAUCCAACUCAAAUAUCGCCGCUAACACAAGUACUUCAUCUUUAAGUAAUACACCAAUGCAAUCAUCUGUAAAUGUAACAACAACAGCAGCAACAACGGUAACAGUAACAUCACCAUCAACUUCCACACCAUCAACUGCCACUCCAACAUCACAAACAACUUCCAAUUCGACACCAAACAGUGAGAAACCAACACCAAUUGUAGAACCACCUUCACCCAUUGCCAUUCCAACACCAAAUCAAUCUGUACAAACUCCAUUGCGUCUAAGUUCACCAUUCAUUCAAACACCACCAAGCGGUUCACCAAGAACCAUCCUUACUUCACCCGGAUACGUUAGACAGAGUAGUCCUGCCAUUACCGAUAGAGCCAAUCUCAACUCAUCCUCACACAGUCCAGUUGCAUAUGUAGCUACAUCUUCACCAAGCUCAACAGGCACUUCCAACAAUAACAAUAAUAAUGUCAAUAACAAUCCACCAGCCAUCAACACCUUGGAACUACCAACACUUUCACCCAACUUCCAAUCCAAUCCAAAUGUCGGAAGCAUCAAGAGAAUGAAGAAAUCAGACCUCAUUCGUCUUCAAAUGACCGAGUUGGAGGCACACAAAGAGAGUGCUCAGAAUCUUAUCGACGAAACAACCACUGCACUCUCGAAUCUCUACAAGAACAAAGAUAACGAAUUACAAAGAAUGCAAAAGAUGUACAACGAAGAGAAACAAGCCAACAAGUACCUCGAAAAGCAAUUGACAGCUCAACUCGAGAAGAACAAAGAGCUCAUUGCCGGAAAGGAAAAAAACUCAUGGGGUGAUAGAGACAAUAUAAUAUAA